AUGACACAACGCAGGCAAACCGUUCUGUUGUCGGCCGCCAACGCGGGCGUGCUUCGCGCUGCCGUCGGGCGGGCAGGUUCCCAGCGCGAGCAGCAUUUCUUGUCAUGGGUUUAUGCCGUAGGAUGGAUAAAUCUCCGCUUUGCUUUAGAAAUCCACUUGAAUUUUUCGGAUAUUCUUUCUGUUUUUCUAAGACGUGAACCACUGGCUCUUAUCAACUUAAAAAAGAAAAAUGAAGAAACUGGGGAAGAAGAACUUGCCUCACGUUUAGAUCACUGCAAAGCAAAAGCCACCAGGCACAUAUUCCUUAUCCGCCAUUCGCAGUAUAAUUUGGACGGCCGGGCUGAUAAAGAUAGAACUCUGACCCCACUUGGUCGAGAACAGGCUGAGCUAACUGGCCACAGACUGGCAAGCUUGGGGUUGAAAUUUGAUCAGAUUAUCCACUCCUCCAUGACUAGAGCAACUGAAACAACUGAAAUUAUCAGCAAAUAUCUCCCUGGUGUCAAAAAAAUUAGCACUGAUCUGCUGAGAGAGGGAGCACCUAUAGAACCAGAUCCGCCAGUCUCUCACUGGAAACCAGAAGCUGUGCAGUAUUACGAAGAUGGAGCUCGCAUUGAGGCUGCUUUUCGAAACUUCAUUCAUAGAGCUGAUGCAAAGCAGGAGGAAGACAGCUAUGAGAUCUUUGUCUGCCAUGCCAACGUGAUCCGUUAUAUUGUCUGCAGAGCAUUGCAGUUCCCCCCAGAAGGCUGGCUGAGAAUGUCUCUGAACAAUGGUAGUAUAACCCACUUGGUGAUACGGCCUAAUGGAAGAGUGGCACUUCGAACACUGGGUGACACAGGAUUCAUGCCUCCAGAUAAAAUCACACGUACCUGAAUGAGUGAAACUGAUGGCCAUCCAGGAGCUGCCUCUAGUCUCUUUGCACUAGUACAUUCAGCUACAGUACCACUAGAUUAUCUGCUAUGUUGGGAUGUCAUGCUCUUUUAAAACGUCCUUUAGCCCCUUGCCUUCUUCAUACAUAUUCAUAUCUGCCUUUCAGUCCAGAAAAGAAGAAAUUUUAUGUAAGCCUGAAGCUGUCCAGUCCUCAAGUAUUCCCAAAAACUCUUAAGUUGAGCUGAGGAAUACAAAAAGAUUGAAUGUCCGUGUGCUCAGCAGCUAUGAGGAGAGCACGACUUCUUUUUUUUUUUUUUUUUUUCCCCUCUCUUUUCUGUGAAUUUCUAUAAUCAAAGCUUGCUCCUGUGGAUUUUUUUCUUGUGCAGAAAAGCAAUUGGUAUGGGAACUGGAAAGGACAGCCCAUACCACACUGCAGCUAGAACUGAAGACGAGCCAACUUAUUUCAGCUCUUGCAGAAGAAGUGAUUGAGGGAAUUCUGCUGUUUAAAGGACAAAGGGUUAAGGUCUUGCUUUUCUAAGCGAUUGAGGAUGUGUAUCUCUAUGUUGCAUCCCUGUUCCCUGCUGUCAUUCCCACCCCUCCUUCCCCCUCCCCCCUAAAUUCAUGUAAACUGUGCCUGAAGAUGGUAGACAUAAAGAGAAGGUGUAAAAAAAAAAAAAAAAAAAAUUUUUCCUCAGAACUGUGGUGCUAGAAUUACCUGCUGCUCAUAUUAAGUAAGUGUUUCUCCAUCCUUGGGAAGACCUUUAUGCUAUUCUGAGCAAUGUACUUCAGUCUCACAAAACCUUUAACUAAAAUUUGGUCUGUAGGAGAGCCUAGGGAUGAGUUUUGUAGCAGUAGAGAUAGAAGAAAGGGAAAAGCAGUUAUCUUUCACUAGUUACUGUGGCUACGACUCUUAUGUUUACAAGGAGUAGAGGCUCUUUUCUGUUUUCUCCCACUGAUUCAUGUUUGUUAAUAGUUUGCUUUCAAAGUAGAGAAGUAACAGCAUUGGAGUUCAAGAUAAGUGCUACUUCAGAUCAGCGUUUCUGCGGUAUUGGAACAAACUACUGUUAAAACUGUUGCUUGAAUGAGGAACGAAUAGUUGUGGUAUGACUUUUCUACGCAAAGCGAUCAGUAUAAACAUGAAGCAGGAUGCCUUUGAGUUGCUCUUUCAUACAGCUUUGACCCUGCAGAAUUUGUUCCAGGCAAAAUCUAGGUGCCUGAGAACUAGGUUUUUAUUUUUGAGGAGAGGGCUCAGAAGCCACUUGCUAUUAAGGACAUUUGCUAGCCACCUGAACCUUUGUAAUACUUAGCUCAGUUACUGCCUGGCAUGUUGAAAGUCUCACCAUAGGCAUAGUCUGCGUAGUGAUAUUUCACAUACUGAAGUACAGCAGAAAUAAAUAAGGAAUUACAAGCUUGAUUCUCUGAGAAUCCUGAAGAAACCCUAAACCUACUUCUGUCAGAGCUGUAUGAAGCAUAAUCAUGGCAUGAACCUAGCACCACAAGGUUUAAUGGCGUGUUUGAUACAGGACUACUGUUAUCAGGAUGACGACAAGGAAACUGGGGCAGCAGGGAACCAAAUAUGAAAGUUGCAGCAGUGCUAGUCAUUGGGGAUGGCAGGAGGAAAACAUUGUGAAGUAUCUCAUCAAAGCAAUGAGAAUAACUUAUCAGUUUUGUCUAUUAACUUUUUAAAAGUUUUGAAUAAAAUAACUGGUCUUUCUUUA